ACAAACACCAGACCACAGAAAGUUGCGGAACCCCACUGUGACCACAAGCCGGGGAAAACUUCUAGACCACAUCACCUGUAACCACCCUGGGACCCUCUCCCGAACCACAUGCACUACAACCGCACCAGACGAACAGAUAAAUAAAAACUCAAGCAGACAGGACUCUGACGAGCUAGGAAACAGUCCUGACACUGGGACCCCUGAUACCCAAGGGCAACACAAACUCGAGACCCCAUCCCCACCAGGGGGAUCACCACCUUAA